UUGGCCACUGGUCAUAUGACUUUUUAUGUGACUUGCAUUUCCUCGUACGCUGCAGUUCGUCAGCCAGCCAGCCAGCCAGCCAGCCAGCCUCGUCCGCUAAGAUCACUGCUUAACGCUUUAACCCUUAUCCUCAGGACCAUCAUGUUGCGAUACUUUGUUUUACUUCUUGCAAUCGGAUCUGUAAUCCAUCCGUCUCAUGGCACAGAAGUGAUGGUGAAAGGCGAAGAUGACAAGUUGUGUCUGUACGCCAAACUCAUGGUCAACUUCUCCGUUUUGUAUGAAGCGGCUGACAACAAGAGCAAUUCAGUCCAAUUUGAGCUCCCAACUAAUGUCACGUUAGACGGCAGUAAGUGCGAGGCCAACAGCUCCACGCUGAAGCUGAACUUUGGAUUGGGGCACUCUUGGAGUAUGAACUUCACCGUCAAAGGGAAUGUGUACCAGGCUGACUCCAUCACGUUCUCCUACAACCUCAACGACUCCACCGUCUUCCCUAAGUCGGCAUCAAACGAAACUGUUUCUGUGACCGUGAGGCCUCACAUCACCGACGUCAGCAUGGACACCUGCUACUCUUGCAAUAGCAAAGAGACCAUUGAGGACGAGUCGGUCAAUCAGACCCUGUGGAACGUGCUCAUCCAGGCUUUCGUCAGCAACGGCACACAGAGCGAGAACAUGACUACCUGUAUUGCCGAUCUGCCCACCCCUGCUCCCACGGCCCCCAACACCACCACAGAGGCUCCGGUCACAAACGCCACCACCCCAGCCCCACUUCCUACAACCACACCCACCCCGACACUCCCCACACCCGCCACCGGGAAGUACACUUUAAAACCAGACACUAACAGCACAGCCUGCCUGUUGGCAACCUUUGGCCUGCGAGUCGGCAUCAAGCAAGGAGAGAAAUAUGAGGAGAUCAACCUGGAUCCGAAUGUGACUACGGCGUCUGGAUUGUGUGGCGGCAACAGUAGCGAGCUGGUGUUAGUGUCUAACACAAUGACUGUGACAUUUGUGUUUGCCAAUGAUACCAAAAAAUUCCGCCUCCAGGCAAUGAAUGUCACCGUAAAACUGAGUUCUGGCGAGGUCUUCUCUGACGGGAACAGCAGCCUGAGCCUGUGGGAGGCGUCUGUGGGCAGCUCGUACAUGUGCAACAAGGAGCAGAACUACACCAUCACCAGCCAGCUCAUCGCCUUCACAUUCAACCUCCAAGUGCAGCCCUUUGGAGUGAAGAAGGACGUUUUCAGUACAGCCCAUGAGUGUCCAUUGGAUGACACCGGCAUCUUAAUCCCAAUCAUUGUUGGCGCUGCUCUGGCUGGCUUGAUUGUCAUUGUAGUGAUCGCUUACGUGAUUGGUCGAAGAAAGACCUAUGUUGGAUAUCAGACCCUUUGAGAGGCCACUUUUGCAGAUCACUCAUCAAUUAUGGCAGGGAAGCCUGGUCCUUGGAAUCAUGUGCAAUGAACUCAAUUGGCUCUUGACAAUUCACCCCCCUUCAGAAAUGUCUUUUCUUACACCCUAAUGAAUUGAAACAUGCACAAAAAGCAUUUCUUAGAAUCUGCAGGGACAAUCUUUUUUUUUUUCUCAAGGACCAAACUUGUCUGCACCCCAUUUUUUUAUUCUGUUUUUUGUUCUCCAAUGUUGUUGUUUUUUGUUUGUUGUUUUUUGUGAUAGAGGAAAUGCAAAAUAUUGCUGUUUUAGUCCCAAUCCAUGUCAAAUAUAAUGUAAUCAAACUAAACAAAUAAUCUUAUCGGCAUAUAUAUUGUUUGGACGGAACUUCGAAAUCUUGCAUUUGCUCUGCAAACACUCUGUUUCCUUUCACAUGAUUUAACCUCUUUGCACAUUUUAUUUUCCUUUUUCUUCUUUUUUGUUUGACUGAUCAUCUUCAUUAUCAUUUACAUUGAAAACAAAUAUUCCCUUCAGGAUUUAGAUGCAAAUUCUUCACAAAAGUACAAAAAAUUAAGAUAGUUUUAGUCUUUGCAAAACCAAUCAUCAGGGUAUGGAAGGAAAUGAGCAACAUUCAAUUUGUGUUUUAGAAUGUCCAUCAAACCUUUUUGUUUCCUCCUUCAAGGACGUUUUGAUGUGUUAAGCGGAGACAAAUCAGAAAAAUAAUCAAACCUUCGCUGAUGUACAUCACAGCGUCUGCUGCUUCAAGGGUGUGCAGACACUUGCACAAGUCAGAAAAAUGUAAAGUGUUUUGCAUACAUGUGCUGGACACUAGGUUCUGAAAAGGGAAGUCGUUGUGUAGAUACUCCAUUUCAUUUAAGGUAUAUUUUCAUAUAAAUGCACUAAGAUGCUCUUUUACCUUGUGUUUCUGCAUUUGUACUUGGAAACUGUGUCACGUGACGAUGAUGAUAUGUUUUGAUCCAGGCUCUGAAGGCUGCAGUCAAGUUAAUAUGUAACAUGGUCAUGUGACUAACUGCGUUAGUCUCGCUUGAAUAUCGUAAAAUGGACAAAUCCUAAUUUGAGGUGCAGCAACACAAACAGAGUGAGUGCAUGUUUCACAUGUGGCACAAAACUGGAUCAUUCAAAAUGAUGAUUCCCAAGAUUUUUGUCACAUUAGAUAGGAAUAUGAAUUAGUUGUAAAUAUAUAGAUUUGUUUCAAUAAAAUCACUAAAUCCCAGAUUGUUUUAAUUCAAACAUGCCCUGAUUUAUAAUUAACUUUCUGGGGGUUUCUGUGCACCCAAACCAAAAUGCUCAACAUUUAAGGAAAUAGCACUGCAGCCCUAUCAGAACCUCAGGAGAAAAGUGGUUGUGUGCGCGUGCGUGAGUGUGUGUGAGAGAGAGAGAGGAAGAGGGUUCUUUUUUGCAUCGACAACAAGCCAGUUUGAAUUUCGUGUUUUGCUCAUUUGUAGACGUGCUGUCUUUUUUGGACCUUGGAAGGAGUAUUAGUGCCGAUUGGAAAAAAAAAAUAUUUUUUCUAAAUUAAGUUAACCCAAAUUAUUUUGUAAAUUUAUGAGAAAAGUUAAAGUUGUACGAAAAAAGUCCUAAAGUUACAGGCAAAAUAUCGUCAAUUAAGAGGAAUAACAUUUUAAAAUCACUAGACCAAAUAAUGUAAGUUUAUAUGGAAAGUAGUCUGAUUGUAACAAUAAAAAAGUCAAGUUAGAGCAGUGCUUCUCAAUUUUUGUUACGCCCGCCCUAGGGAAUAGAAAAUAUUUGGGCGCCCCCCCCCAUCUCCACCGUGACAAUAAAUAGUAUAAUUUGUCCAUAACAUUGUAGGUUUAUUAACAUUAAACCUUUCCUCGUCCCCCACCGUUGGUACACGUCAUAUUCCGGUACAGGAAAAAAAAGCAUGUUCCCCACAGGGGAGCCCGCCCCAAUAAUUGAGAAGGACUGAGUUAGAGGAAUAACAUCGUAAAAUUGCAAGGAAAAAUUUGUCAGAUUACAAGAAAAAAGUUGUAAAGUUACAGGAACCAAAUUGUAAAAUCACCAGAGAGAAUAUGUAGGGGUAUGAGGAAAGAGGUUUGACUGUAACCAAAAAAAAAAGUCACGUUUGAGGAAUAACAUCAUAAAAUUGCGAGGAAAAAGUUGUCAGAUUACGACAAAAAAAGUCAUUAAAUUAUAAGAAUAAAGUCAUGGGAUAAAAUUAGUAAAAAUUAUGAGGAAGCAAUUCCAACUGUAACAAGGGGGAAAAGUCGUAAAGUUACAGGAAUAACAUCGUAAACUUGUCGGACAAAAAUGGUCGGAUUCUAAGAAAAAAGUCUGAAUGUUUCAAGUAAAAAAUCGUAAAGUUACAAAGAUGACAAGGAAAUAAGGCUAACUGUAACUAAGGAAAAAGUUGUAAAGUUACGGGAAUAACAUUGUCAAAUUGGCGGACAAAAAUGGUCGGCUUUUAAAAAAAAAUGUCUAAAUGUUUCAAGCAAAAAAUCGUAAAGUUACAAAGACAAGGAAAUAAGUCCAACUGUAACAAAGGAAAAAGUUAUAAAGUUACGGGAAUAACAUCGUCAAAUUGGUGGACAAAAAUGGUCGGAUUCUAAGAAAAAAGUCAAUGUUUCAAGCAAAAAAUCGUAAAGUUACAAAGAUGACAACGGCAUAAGUCCAACUGUAACAAAUUAAGUUAUAAAAUGACAGAAACUUCCCAAAGAAAAAUGCCCAAAUGUUACACGCAAAAUGUCCUAAAGUUACAGGUAUUAAGUCGUAAAGUUACGAGAGAGAAUUUCUUAGUUUGAGGAAAAAAAUUCCAAAUAUAACAGAGAAAGUCACAAGGUUACACGAAUAACAUCAUUAGGACAAAAGUUACGGGUAUCAAGAAAAUGUGACUAUUACAAAGAAAACAUUAAGAGAAUAAUGUCUCUUUAAGAUUGUUGUAAUAUACAACUUGUACUUUAUGAUCCCUGUCCAUAUAAUAAUCAGAUUUUUGACUUUAAAAAAAUGAUUGUACUUUUUUGAAAUUUUUUAGGUCGAAUACUCCUUUUGUAUGUUCCAAGUGGGACAACUGUGUCGUUUGAUUUUUUUUUUUUCCUCCUAGCAUUUUAAACGUGACUUACCCAGGACUUUGUGUGCGUUUGAACAAUUUCAGCAGAGCAACUUGUGUUGAUAUUUUCAGCUCGGCAUUUUCUCACUUGUCAUGCUAAUAGUGCCUUUCCAGUAGAAGAGUUUGGGAUUCCUUUUAAUAUUUGGCUCGUCAUGACGACUAUAUGCAUGGCACGUGGUAAACAAAGGGAAUGUGUGUGUAAGGUUGCUCUCACCACCUGGAUCUCACAGACUUGAUUGUUUUUAGUUGUUUUUGAGAUUCAUGCAAAUAAAAGCGUUGCUGUCCUGGCUCA